AACUCCAAUGGUUCUUACCAUUUAGACACCACAGUGAACAAUAUACCUUGUUUUCCUACCUCAGUUUUCCAAUGGAAGGGAUUGUGGGAAAUUGCUUGAAACUAAAUAUGAUUUUGCUAAUAUUGUGCUUCACCAAUUUGGGCAUCGCUUUUGCUCAAGAGCACAUGAGCGGAUAUGGAGAGCAGCCACUGGCGAAGAUUGCCAUUCACAAGACCGUUUUGGCGCUCCACAGUUCUGCCUCCAUUACAGCAUCACCCUUUGUGCUGGGCGAAAAGGAUGAGGAUACAGCAUGGGUGACUGUACAACUGGAGGCACCAGAACCAGCCAUUGAUGACUGGGUGGGAGUCUUUUCUCCAGGGAACUUCAAUUCCUCUCUAUGUCCAUCUAAUGGUGGCGUUGGCCGUGUAGAGCAACCAUACAUAUGCUCGGCUCCAAUAAAGUACAAGUAUGCAAACCACUCCAAUCCAAAGUAUACAAAGACCGGGAAAGCUAUUUUGAAGUUCCAGUUGAUCAACCAACGUGAAGAUUUCUCCUUUGCACUAUUUUCAGGAGGGUUAUCAAAUCCCAGACUAGUGGCAGUUUCCAAUUCCAUAGCAUUUGCAAAUCCUAAAGCACCCGUGUAUCCGCGCCUAGCUCUUGGGAAAUCAUGGGAUGAAAUGACAGUUACCUGGACUAGUGGCUAUGACAUUCAUGAAGCUGUGCCGUUUGUUGAAUGGGGUCCCAUUGGAGGAAGCCAGACACGAUCUCCUGCUGGAACGUUGACGUUUAAUCGUAACAGCUUGUGUGGUCCACCUGCUAGAACUGUUGGUUGGCGUGACCCCGGUUUUAUACACACAAGUUUCCUCAAAGAACUAUGGCCAAAUUUGAGGUACACAUAUAGGUUGGGACAUAUGCUCUCCGAUGGUUCUUAUGUAUGGAGUAAGACGUAUUCGUUCAAGGCAUCCCCAUAUCCUGGACAAAACUCAUUGCAACGUGUUAUCAUAUUUGGUGACAUGGGAAAGGCUGAGCGUGAUGGUUCAAAUGAAUAUGCUAACUAUCAACCUGGUUCACUUAAUACCACCGACCAACUAGUCAAGGAUUUAGACAAUUAUGACAUUGUUUUCCACAUUGGAGACUUGCCAUAUGCAAAUGGAUACAUCUCACAGUGGGACCAAUUCACAGCUCAAGUGCAAGAGAUUUCAUCAACAGUGCCUUACAUGAUUGCAAGUGGAAAUCAUGAACGUGAUUGGCCAAAUACUGGAUCCUUCUUUGAUACUUCGGAUUCAGGUGGAGAAUGUGGAGUUCCUGCAGAAACCAUGUAUUAUUUUCCUGCUGAGAAUAAAGCUAAAUUCUGGUAUAAAGCAGAUUAUGGCAUGUUUCGUUUUUGUAUAGCAGACAGUGAGCAUGACUGGAGAGAAGGAUCAGAACAGUACAAAUUCAUUGAACAUUGUCUUGCAACAGUAGAUAGAAAGCAACAACCAUGGUUAAUAUUUUCAGCUCAUCGUCCUCUUGGGUACUCCUCUAAUGAUUGGUAUGGCAAGGAGGGCUCAUUUGAAGAGCCUGAGGGAAGGGAACAUUUGCAAAAGCUUUGGCAGAAGUACAAAGUAGACAUUGCAUUUUAUGGUCAUGUGCACAACUACGAAAGAAUCUGCCCCAUUUAUCAGAACCAAUGCGUGAAUUCAGAAAAACAUCAUUACUCUGGGACUGUGAAUGGAACAAUUCAUGUUGUUGUUGGUGGAGCGGGAAGUCACUUGUCAAAUUUCGCUGCAUCACCCCCAGUUUGGAGUCUUUUCAGGGACCUUGACUUUGGGUUUGGCAAACUCACAGCAUUCAACCACUCAUAUCUCCUUUUUGAGUACAAGAGAAGUAGUGAUGGAAAUGUUUACGACUUUUUUACCAUUUCAAGGGACUACAGAGAUGUCUUGGCCUGUGUGCAUGAUGGUUGUGAGAAAACCACUUUAGCAUCCUAA